CCCAACAAUAGAACAAAAUGGUCUGAGCUAUUUGGCUGGGCCACCCUGAGAAGCCUGUAUGAUAAGCCCGAAAACAGCCAGGCCUAUGCUUAAAUGCAAGUCCCUAAGCCUAAAUAGUAAAUGAAAAUUUUAGUCAAAGUAUAACAUGCUUUGUGCAUCAAAGUGGCCAAAACAACAGCUUAGGGGACCAACAUAUUAUAUAGUCAGAUUGGGCUACAGAAAAUACAAAAAAUUGGUGGACUAGCAUGUGUAGAUAGGGUAGCAUCCUUUCCAAUAAAGACAACAUCUUCCUGAUAAUAUGGACCACAUGGACCAUUUCCGCCAAGAGAUGAGGUCUACAAAUCCAUUAAAUAGUAGAAAGGGAGGUUCAGGAAAGCCUAAAAUCCGCACACACUAUUGGAGAUGGCCAAAUCAUCACACUCCAUCUCAAGGCUCUUCAGUCCUAUCUACAAUCAACCUGGCAAUACCAGAAGACUAGGCCAAAUCCUCAAACUGCCAACCUGCUCACAUUUUGAGACCAGAGCUGCAGCUGUUUCUUCACAUAAAGAUGAAGUCCAUCAGAUUUCGAAAAAGAAAUCACAUAAGGUUUCAAGAGCACCUCGUCGUCUGAUCACCAUUUCAACAUCUGGUGCAGGAUGGAACAGUAAAUGGAGCUGUGACUAUGUAUUCACCCUUGCAGAGCUUCAGUUAGCAGACCUGGCUGAAGAUGGACAGAAGGAUGCAGAGGUCUUUAUUAGCCUUUCGAUUCAGAAGAUCAAUACUACUUUUGAUGUUUGGGUUCUACCUUCAAGCAAAAGUAGUGAGUUUCAGCUACCUGAAAUUGAUGGAAAUGAUCCAUCUGUCAUCUAUGUGACUCCAGGGUCUGAAGCCAACAUUGAUUCACUAAUCCAAGAUACCAUACGUUUAACAGCCUCAGCGAAGGAUAUCUGCUCAGAAUCAUGUGAGAAGCCUGCACUCAUAUGGCAAUAUUCUGAAGGAAAGAGGGGUUAUGAUCAGAGGUGGUCUAGGCUACUUGAGAUAAAAAAUGCAAUCUAA